UUUGUAAAAAAGAGAGAGAGAAAAAAGUAAAUUAGAUAACACUACAAUUGUAGUAGCUUUAAAUUCUUUACUACAUCUUCAAUUUUGAGACACGUCUUGUUAGUGGUACCCAUUUCAGUUCUCGUACGGUAGAAAGAGAACCUACCAGCAAUUCAACUUCUUUUCGUAGACGUAGAAAGGGCUGUAUAUAUCGUGCCUCCACCGGAAUGUCCGUUAUCCUACUCCGAAACACGCAUUGCCACUUAAUCAAUAUGAUGUUAUUCCUUGCAUCCACUCUACUGCUACUCUCCGAUGCCGCUGCAUCAAAAUCAAUAAUCAAGUCCCUACCUGGCUUUCACGGUAACCUUCCAUUUGUACUGGAAACAGGGUAUAUUGGCGUCGGAGAAUUGGAAGCCGUGCAGCUAUUCUACUACUUCGUCGAGUCUGAGAGGAGCCCAAAAGAUGACCCUCUUGUGCUUUGGCUCACCGGUGGCCCUGGAUGUUCUGCCCUGUCUGGAUUUAUAUAUGAAAUUGGCCCAUUAUCAUUUGAUUAUGCAAAAUCCAGCGGAGGAGGCAAACCUGUUUUGGCAUUGAACCCAUAUUCAUGGACAAAGAUUGCCAACAUAAUAUUUGUAGAUGCACCUGUUGGUACCGGAUUUUCCUAUUCAACUACAUGGGAAGGCUACGAUGUUAGUGAUACAUUGUCAGCUGCGGAAACUUAUGAGUUCUUAAGAAAGUGGCUUGUGGAUCACCCCAAGUUUCUUACAAAUCCACUCUAUGUUGCGGGGGACUCCUAUUCAGGCAUCGUUGCACCUAUCAUAGUCCAGGAGAUUUCUGAUGGAAAUGAAGUGGGACGUCAGCCAACAAUGAACCUCAAAGGAUAUGUGCUUGGAAACCCAGUUACAGAUGAUGAGAUUGACACCAAUUCAAGAGUUCCUUUUGCUUACCUAAAAGCGCUUAUAUCAGAUAAACUCUACGAGUCCUUCAUGAAAAAUUGCAAGGGUGAGUACUUAAAUCCAGAUCAAAGCAACGCAUCGUGUAUGGAAGACAUAUUAGCCAUCAAGGAGUGCAUUGGAACGGUAUUUACUGGACAAAUUCUGGAACCUGCAUGCAAGAGCGUAUCCCCAAAACCAGUGGCAUUGAAAUGGGAUCCAAGGUUUCUCAUAGCCGAUGACGCUGAUAUUCUGCUUCCAAGGCCCCGUGUUCCUGGACAAUGGUGCCGGAGUUACAAUCAUGUAUACAUUUAUGGGUGGGCUAAUGAUGAAACUGUUCGAGAUGCUCUUCAUAUUCGCAAGGGGACCAUAAAGGAUUGGAGAAGAUGCAAUAAGACCCUGGCCUAUUCGUACAAUGUCAAAAGUACUGUUGAUUACCAUCGGAACUUGACCAAGAAACCAUAUCGAGCUCUCAUUUACAGUGGCGAUCAUGACAUGACUAUCCCAUACAUUGGUACGCAUGAAUGGAUAGAAUCCCUGAAUUUGACGAUUAAGUAUGACUGGGAGCCAUGGUUUGUUGAUGGUCAAGUUGCAGGAUACGCAAUGCUGUAUGCAGACAAUGCGCAAGAAUACAUAACAUACGACCUGACAUUUGCAACUGUGAAGGGAGGGGGUCACACAGCGCCGGAAUACAGGCCAGAGCAGUGCUUUGCCAUGAUGGAUAGGUGGUUUGAUUACUACCCUCUAUAAAAAAAACAAUGCCAAAAUGUUCUCAUGAACUAAUUAAUUAAAUAUUGUAAGCCCUAAUCCAUGUUUUGUAUUUCAGUUGCGCAUCAGAAAACUCAAGGAUUAACGAGCCUUUUAGCUCCUACCGUUUUUUUUUUUAUUAUUAUUAUUAUUUUCUCGAGAGAAUUGAUAGUAACUGUUCAUCUUUGUA